AUGGCACCUACCAGGGCCAAUACUUCCGUCAUCGUAGUGGGUGGUGGCGGUACCAUUGGGUCUUCAACAGCCCUCCAUCUUGUACGCACGGGAUACACACCAUCGAAUAUCACAGUUCUGGACACUUACCCGAUCCCAUCAUCCCAAUCAGCUGGCAAUGACUUGAACAAGAUCAUGGGCAUCCGCUUGCGGAACAAGGUGGAUUUGCAGCUGAGCUUAGAGGCAAGGCAGAUGUGGACAGAAGACGAUUUGUUUAAAGAGUACUUUCACAAGACCGGGCGGCUUGACUGCGCGCAUGGCGAGAAAGGACUUGCGGAUCUCAAACAAGCUUACCAAGCCCUGCUCGAUGCGAACGCUGGUCUGGAGGCGACUACAGAAUGGCUAGACUCGGAGGAUAAGAUCCUGGAGAAGAUGCCGCUUCUCGAUCGCGAACAGAUCAAAGGAUGGAAAGCCGUCUUUAGCCAAGACGGCGGAUGGCUCGCAGCAGCAAAAGCCAUCAACGCUAUCGGUGGAUUUCUGCGCGACAAAGGCGUCAAGUUUGGCUUUGGCGGAGCAGGCUCUUUCAAACAACCUCUUCUUGCCGAGGGCGUUUGUGUUGGCGUUGAGACGGUCGACGGAACAAAAUACUAUGCUGACAAGGUGGUUUUGGCGGCUGGUGCAUGGAGUCCUACAUUGGUUGAUCUUCAAGACCAAUGUGUGUCGAAGGCCUGGGUAUACGCUCACAUUCAACUGUCCCCGAGCGAGGCCGCAGAAUACAAGAACGUCCCCGUAGUCUACAAUGGCGACGUGGGCUUCUUCUUCGAGCCCGAUGAACACGGCGUCAUCAAAGUCUGUGACGAGUUUCCGGGUUUUACGCGCUUCAAGCAGCAUCAACCUUUUGGCGCAUCUUCUCCAAAACUUAUUUCUGUACCUAGAUCUGCCGCAAAACACCCUACAGAUACCUACCCGGACGCCUCGGAGGUCAGUGUCCGCAAGGCGAUCGCAACGUUUCUGCCCAAAUUUACCGAGAAGGAACUGUUCAACAGGCAUCUGUGUUGGUGUACCGAUACAGCAGAUGCAGCACUGUUGAUGUGUGAACAUCCCGAGUGGAAGAACUUUAUUCUGGCCACGGGUGACAGUGGUCACACCUUCAAGCUUCUACCUAACAUUGGUAAGCAUGUGGUCGAGCUGCUAGAAGGAACAUUAUCAGAUGACCUAGCACAUGCAUGGAGAUGGCGCCCAGGCACUGGCGAUGCGCUGAAGUCACGAAGGGCAGCGCGUGCCAAGGAUUUAGCGGAUAUGCCAGGAUGGAACCAUGACGGUGAAGCGCCCAGAGCGAAGCUGUAG